UUCUUCUGCCUGCGCGCACAAGUCGACGACCAAGCCACACACACACACAGGAAGAAGAAAGAAAAAGAGAGAAGAAGGCUCCCAAGAUCUCAGCCGAAAGAGAGAUCUGAGAGCUUCCGAGAUGCACGACUUCUGCUUCACCAUCCCCUACGGCUUCGCGGUCCUGGCCGGCGGACUGCUCGGCUACCUCCGCCGCGGCAGCACCGCCUCCCUGGCUGGCGGCGCCGGCGUUGGCGGCCUGCUCCUCCUCGCGGGCUUCGUCAGCCUCAAGGCUUUCGAGAAACGACGCAACUCCUACCUCGCCCUCGCCCUCGAGACCAUUUGUGCACUGGCCUUGACCUUUGUUAUGGGACAAAGAUACCUUGAAACUUCAAAGAUAAUGCCAGCUGGUGUCGUUGCUGGUCUCAGUGCUGUGAUGUCUCUGUUCUAUCUAUUCAAAAUUGCUACCGGCGGCAACCAUAUCUCACCAAAGAAAGAGUAGACACACAGUAUUUUGCUUGUAAGAUGUGCUUCACCAAACUCAGUGACCACUGCAUAUUGUGUUGUGCAUCCUCUUUGUAACUCCAGUGAUGUUGUUCAUUUUCUGCUUGUGUGUUUACUCGAAUGCACGUGGACUUCUAAAAAUGUGUUCACCAUGUAAAAGAAUGAACAAUUCAGAUGUGCUUCGUUGAGGCGUAUAGUGAUCUUAACUCCAUCA